AGGCUCUUUGAGUCUCUUUUUGUGAGAGUUUAUGUGGUCGGGUUUGGCAAAAUUUUCAGGUAGAAAAAGAGUAUACAGAAGAUUUUCUGAUCAACCCGACCCGUAGAAGCUUCUUUGUUGGCCGUGUUAGUUGGUUUUCACAUGCGGCCAGCAGAUGAAGAACAUACAUCUAGACUCAUAAGCAAAAUCCAAAGCUAUAUUCUCCUAAAGAAAACAGGUAGUAAAAUAAGCCCUAGCUUGUACCAGAAGGUAUCUUUUCCAAUUCUAAGAACAAAUCACCUGCCUUGCAUUACAAGUAAUCUUUUUAAAAGAUAUAAAAAUGGUGAGGAGAAGAGAAGGCCUUACCUUACCAAUCUCGUCUUCAUCACCAUCACUUCCUGAGACACAAGUGGCACCAUUAGCCUCGCAGAAACCGAAACAGCGGUUAUCAAAGCAACUAUCAAUGCGUGAGACACCGCGAGAUGUUGCUUGGGAGAAAAGGCGCCGUCAGAUGUUAAAGAUUCAGGAAAAGAAGCAGAAAGGCCUCUCUGACAGCGAUUGUGAUCCUACUGAUCUAACCGAUGAAGACUUAAGGGAGCUCAAAGGGUCCAUCGAGUUAGGGUUUGGAUUCAAGGAAGAAGCAGGACUGAAGUUGUGCAACACAUUACCAGCAUUAGAUCUUUACUUUGCUGUGCAUAGGCAGCUUUCGCCUCUCCCUUCACCUAGUAGCAGCCGUAGCAGCAAUGGAGGAGAUGGCUCUUUACCUUCUACCUCUGCUUCCUCAAGCAGCAUUCCUUGUAGCCCAAGAACCGACUCGGAUUCAUUAAAGAUCUUAUGUCCAGGGGACAGUCCUCAACAAGUAAAACAAAGAUUAAGGCAUUGGGCACAAGCUGUUGCAUGUUCUGUGAUGCAGUCUCACUAAUGAGUGAAUACGUUGUGACUCUUAAGUUUCAACUUGAAACACUUGUGUUUUUUUACUAUUGCUGGUGAGAUAGGACAGAGAAAGAAUCCUACCAAGUAGGAUCUCUCUGAAGGAGGAAAAUAACAAAAAAAGGAAAGUUUUGGGAGAAAAAAAAAAGAUAGAGAAAGAGAUCAUCAUGGCUCUCUCUCUCUCUACAUAGUUUUGCAACAGUAACAAGAUGAAGAGAGGACGGCCUUUCUUAUUCGUGUACUGUAUGCAUAUAGACUUUUAAUGUAUGGUCGUGGACUUGAUGAUGGUUACGAUGAAAAAUACUUUGAAGUAUGUUUUUCAUAAGAGCCUUGUAUCAUGCAAAUGCACGGAUCUAUUAUAUGAUUGGUUUCAGAAGAA